AUGGCCGAGACUCCCAUCCAUCUUCCGCGCGGCUCGAUUUGCAACACCAAGAACGACGGGAGCGCCAUCAACGACGGACCCGACUAUCUUCGAUUGAUUCUGAAUGCGCGAGUGUACGAUGUUGCUACCGAGACGCCGCUGACACUGGCCACCAAGCUGACCGCCAAGUUGCAGAACAAGAUUCUGUUGAAGCGCGAGGACAUGCAGGCCAACUUUUCGUUCAAGUGCCGCGGGGCAUACAAUCGCAUGUACCAGCUGAACGCACAGGAGCGUGCGGCCGGAGUGAUUUGCGUCAGUGCCGGGAAUCAUGCUCAGGGUGUAGCGCUGGCAGCCAAGAAGCUUGGGAUCAAAGCCACAAUCGUCAUGCCGGCGUUCGCGCCCGAGAUCAAGGUCGAAAGCGUCAGGCGGCUUGGGGCCGAAAUCGUGCUGACCGGGAACGACUUUGACGAAGCAAAGAAGGAGUGCGCCCGACUUGCCAAGGAGCGCGGCUCAACUUUCAUCCCACCAUUUGACGACCCAUAUGUCAUCGCUGGCCAGGGCACCGUUGGUGUCGAGAUCCUGAGGCAGCUCAAGCAGGACAGACUCGACGCCAUCUUUGUCUGUUGUGGCGGAGGAGGGUUGUUGGCGGGCAUCGCAGUAUACAUCAAGAGGAUUCGGCCAGAGGUCCGCGUCAUUGGCGUCAACACCAUCGACAGCGACUCGAUGUAUCAGUCACUGAACCGCAGCGAGCCCGUCGAGAUCUCGUCAGCCGGCCUGUUUUCCGACGGCACCUCUGUGCGUCUCGUUGGAAACGAAACCUACCGCCUCUGCAAGAUGUACGUCGACGACAUGAUCCUGGUCUCGACCGACGAGAUCUGCGCAGCGAUCAAAGACACGUUCGAGGACACCCGCUCGAUUGUCGAGCCGGCCGGCGCCCUCGGAGUGGCCGGCGUCAAAAAGUACAUCCAGUCAAACCCCCAGAUCAAGGACGGCGUCUUUGUGGCUGUUCUUAGUGGCGCCAAUAUGAACUUUGAUCGCCUGCGGUUUGUCGCCGAGCGAGCGCGGGUGGGAGAAGGUCGAGAGACCCUCUUGAGUGUGGUUCUUCCUGAGCGCCCGGGCAGUUUCCUCGAGCUCUACUCGGCCAUCCAUCCCACGCCCGUUACCGAGUGCAGCUACCGCUACAACGAUCCAAAAACAGCCCACUUCUAUCUCGCACUCGACGUCAAGAGCCCCUCCGAAACCGAGGCGAUCAUCCACAAUAUCGCCAAGAAAGGCUUUGAGGUCAUCGAUAUCACCGAGAACGAGCUUGCCAAGGCGCACGCCCGUUUCAUGGUCGGCGGGCGCUCCUCGACGGUGAUCGACGAGCGGCUGUAUCGGUUCCGGUUCAUUGAGCGGCACGGCGCCCUCAAGCGCUUCCUGGAGACCCUCGAGGGACGUUGGAACCUCAGUCUCUUCCACUAUCGCAAUCUGGGCGGCGACACCGCCAGGGUCCUCGUGGGCAUGCAGGUCCCCAAGGCCGACAUGAAGGAAUUCAGCGAGUUCCUCACCAAGCUGGGAUACGAGUCCAUCGAUGAAACCGACAAUGCCGUCUACAAGCACUUCCUCAUGUGAACCAGACGGUGCGCCAUGAUUCGAAUGGGGGGAAUCUAGAGCGGUCCUGAGCUGCCUCGACUCAAUUUGAUCAACCUUCGUGAGAAGCGGGAGCGGGAGCUGCGCGUUGUCUCUGUUGCUGCCAGAUACAUCCGAAAUACAUUCCAAU